ACAAUCCUAUUCAAGAACCAAUUGUUCAGCAGGAUACUUUAAUAUUGCAACAAACAUUAUCGUUGUCAUCAUCUACAACCAAUCCUUAUAAACGUUCACGUCGUACUACUACAAAAGCAGAAAAAAUGAUACUUGCACAAUUGUUUGAACUUGGAGAUACAGUGUCUGAAAAUGAAAUCCAGAAA